AUGACCGUCCAGGCCAGGAGGCACUCCGCGGCCUAUAAAUCCCCAUCACCUUAUAAUUCACGAGAUACAGACAUCGAAAAACAACCAAUUGGCCGUCACAAAUACCACCACCACCAAAGCGACGACCAUGAUUCCGACGAUGAGUCGCUGGACGAUAAUAAAGUCGCGGAGUCCUACCCACCCCCCGUUAUAGCUGGCGGCAGUGUUCGCCGCUCGCAAGCUAGCGUUGGCUUUCGCGUACCCCAACGGAUCAUGCGCUGGCUCUGCUUCGCUCUUUUCGCUACCCUCGUCCUCUUCGUCUUCACCCUCUUCCGCUUUACAAUCUCCGGCUCCUCCUCACCAGUCCCUGUCGACCUGCCCAAGGUUGGCGGCACCCCGAAACCCCCACAAUGGGAGAGCUUCCCCUUCCUCACUCGCUACCAGGGCGGGAUCUCUUCCUUGGUCCCACGCCCUGAAAAUAUACCCGAGUACCCUGGUGAUGGCUCUGAGGACAUGGGCAUGGUGAUGGAUACAAGUGAGGAGAAGAAGGAGCAGGAGCAGGACACCAAAAAGGUGACCAAGAGGGAUUUGGCCCCGAACAUGCUGAGCAAUGUGUUCAAUCCUUAUCCGGACUACCAGUCGCCGGAAUAUAUAGGCAAACACGGUGAGAAGCGCGAGUGCUUCCUCAAUGCAGAAAAUACGCUACGGGUUCCAUCUAUCCAAAGCUACCCCGGAGUCCCAAAGGGCUUCCCAGACCCAGCGCUAGGCUCGAAUACGAUAUUGGGUAUUCGAGACGACAUGUGCUUCGAUCGAUUUGGCCGAUUGGGUCCAUACGGUCUGGGAUACGGGGUCAAGAAGGGUGGCAUUGGUGCCGGCCUGGACGGCCACCGUGAGGGUGCCGACCGUGUGUGGGAGGAUAUCCCACCAGUGGAUUUCCGACAGGUGGAUUGGGCUGCUGCGCAACACCGCUGUCACGCAGCCAACCGCCAUCGCUUUAAUGAGUUGCCGGAGCCACGUCUCAAUCGCUUUGUUUCUAUGCCAAUGGGUGUUCCCAAGGUGAACAUUCCCCCGCCUGCGGAAGAUAGUCGCCAGGAACCGCCCAAGGUUGGGCCCGAGCGUCUUCCCCGUACUGCGAUGGUUAUCCGCACAUGGCAUGACUUCAACUAUACACCGGAAGACAUUAUGUAUAUGCGCUCUGUCAUCUCAGAGCUCUCACUCAUGUCCGGUGGUGAGUAUACUGUUCACUUCUUGGUUCAUGUCAAGGAUACCAACCUGCAGAUCUGGUCCGAUGACGAGACAUACCAGCGUGUGCUUGAUGAUUCGCUGCCGGAGGAGUUCCGCGGCAUGGGAACUCUCUGGUCUGAGCCGCAGAUGGCUCUGAUGUAUCCCGGAUUGGAGGAGACCUUGACUCGCGGCUUGCCAAUCCACGGUGUGUACCGCAGCACGUACAUGCCAAUGCAGUACUUCGCUUUCCAGCAUCCCGAGUACGAUUACUUCUGGAACUGGGAGAUGGAUGCGCGUUACACGGGUCACUGGUACCACCUCUUCGACAAGGUCAGCGAGUGGGCGAAAAAGCAGCCACGAAAGGGCCUUUGGGAACGUAACGCUCGCUUCUAUGUUCCAUCCGUCCACGGCUCAUGGGAAGACUUCCGCCAGAUGGUCCGCGUGCAGACUGAGAGCGGUACAAACUCCGCCAACAACAUGUGGAGCCCUGUCAAGGAGGGAGGCAGCGUGCGGAGCUCAUUGCACCAACAAGGUGACAAGUCCAUCUGGGGCCCCGAGCGCCCUGAUGAACGGGACAUCUUCGAGGUGGAGGGAGAAGGUAUCCCACCCACUAGCAUGGAUAAGGAUCAGUACCAAUGGGGCGUGGGUGAGGAUGCCGACCUAGUCGUUUUCAACCCCCUCUACGACCCCGAGGGCACGACUUGGCUGCUGCGCGAUGACGUGACAGGCUAUAACAAGGAGAAUGGCAUGCCGCCUCGUCGCACCGCAAUCAUCACCGCGUCGCGAAUCUCCCGCAAACUGCUCACCACCAUGCACCGCGAAUGCACUCUCAAGCGUCACAGCAUGUUCUCGGAGAUGUGGCCCGCAACGACAGCGCUGCACCACGGCUUCAAGGCUGUCUUUGUCCCGCACGCUGUCUACAUCGACCGUCGCUGGCCCACCCGUUAUCUGGAAUCAGUGUUCAAUGCCGGUCGCAAUGGAGCCUCCGGCGGCGCUCGUACGUCCAUCUUCGGCGAUCGCGAACACAACUUCCGUGGUACGACCUGGUUCUAUUCUGCCGGCUUCUCGCCGAAUAUCUGGCGCCGCUGGCUUGGCCUCCGCGUCGAUAAUGAUGGCGGUGAGCAGCAGGAGCUGGCUGGCGAGGGCCGCAUGUGUCUCCCUCCUAUGCUGUUGCAUCCUGUCAAGGAAGUCAAUAUGAUCAUUGACGAGGGAGAGAAAGCAGAGGACCGCUGA